AUGCCGAGCUUGCUGCCCGGCGCCGAAGUGCAGGAGUUGGCGCGCGAGGGCCGUGGCCAAGUGCAGAUAGCAGAGCCGUGCGCGAAGAGCGGCAGUGUGCAGGAGUUGCCAGUGCUCGAGGGCCGUGGCCGAGCGAAGAAAGCCAAGCGGCGCGGGAGCAAGCCGCGCAGGAGGAGCGGCGGAGUGCAGGAGUUGGCAAUGCUCGAGGGCCGUGGCCUGAGGAAGGCAGUCAAGCGGCGCGGAAGCAAGCCGCGCGGGAAGAGCGACAAAGCGCAGGAGUUAGCAGUGCCCCAGGGCCGUGGCCUGAGGAAAGCAGUCAAGCGGCGCAGAAGCAAGCCGCGCGGAAAGAGCGACAAAGUGCAGGAGUUGCCAACGCUCGAGGGCCGUGGCCUCAGGAAGGCAGCCAAGCGGCGCAGAAGCAAGCCGCGCGGGAAGAGCGGCAAAGCGCAGGAGUUGGCAGUGCCCCAGGGCCGUGGCCUGAGGAAAGCAGUCAAGCGGCGCAGAAGCAAGCCGCGCGGAAAGAGCGACAAAGUGCGGGAGUUGCCAACGCUCGAGGGCCGUGGCCUCAGGAAGGCAGCCAAGCGGCGCAGAAGCAAGCCGCGCGGGAAGAGCGGCAAAGCGCAGGAGUUGGCAGUGCCCCAGGGCCGUGGCCAGAGGAAGGCGGCAGAGCCGCGCAGCGGCGAACAAGCCGAGUGGAAACUCCUGCGGUUUUGCAAGCAAGAAGCCGGCGAUGCCCCGGUCCUUUGCAACGAAGAGGUUGCGGAUUGCGACUUGCUGACUCCCGAGGAAGCCGAGAAGGCGUACGGCCUCUUUCUGCGACACUGGGAGAAGUACGGUCUCAGUCGUCUUUGCUGCAAGUGUCGCGUUCUCACUCCGGCCAUGCAUUGCUUUUUCGAUGAGAAAGGCGAGCUCCACUGCAGAUAUUGUAAGGACCGGCCGGAGAGCCGACCCUUGCAACUUCCGGGCCCCCAGCCGCCGGCCUUGAAGAGCUUGAAUUACGUAGAGCAGCGGCUCAUUGCCAUGGCCAGCACGUCCCAGUACAUCGUCAGUUUGCCUUCCGGAGGCGCUUCCGGACAGUGGGGUCGCAUGUACGUGGUCCCGCUAGACGAGCCACGCGUUUGCGACGUGCUGGACAACGUGGAGAUCACCGAGGGCGGGCAGAUUUAUGUGAGCGUGGCUGGCGCAAGGCUCCAAAGCCCGGCAAGCCCGUGCAAACUGCGCGCUGCACUGCUGCACUUGCGCGACAACCACAAGUUAUACAAGACCGCGGAUGUUUCUCGAGCAAUUCAAGCGCUGCAGGUCGCGCUGUCCCAGGGCGCCGAAGCAGAGGCCGGAGCCGAGCCCACAGGCGAGUUGCAAGAGGAACAGUUGGAGUUCGUAACCGCGUGCGCGCCUUCGGCCCCGCCGCCGAAGCGACCUGAGCUUCAGCGAUGCCGCGACUUGGCGCAGCUUCCCCAGUCUCGCCUGCUUGGCGCUGAGCCUCGUUUCGAACAAGACCCGUCCUACGUGCACUUCCUGCUGGAACAGUACUACAAAAGAAAAAUCUCUGCGAACGCAAAUGUCCGCAUCGGGAAGCUGCAGCAGCCGAGCGCGAGUUCCCGCCAAGCUCUGCUGCGAAGCGUCUACACCACCAUGCGGGACAUUCCUGGCACGCAGCCGUACUUGUUUGCGAAGCGAGGGGUCGCGGUCAGCAUGUACGAGCAACUCGGAGCUCCUCACUGGUUCAUGACGUUGACUUGCCACGCGCGCCAGGAGCCGAUCCUGGCCGCCUGCAUUUACGCGAAACUGCUUCGGGACAACGCCGCGCAGGAAAACGGCGG